AUGACGUCGACCCAAAUUGACAGUACCACUACAGGCCAUCCGGACUGCGUAAUUGAAAUAUCCAAAUUGAAUUUCAGUUAUGGUGGACCGUUGAUAUUGAAUGACAUUCAGUUUAAACUGCAGAGAGGCAGCAGGUGUUUGCUAGUUGGGGCGAACGGAGCUGGUAAGUCGACACUAUUAACAAUACUGGCAGGAAAACGAAUGGUCAGAGAUAAAGUCCUCGUCUUUGGCAAGGAUGCCUUCAACGACUCGCCGCCUGGCAUAACGUAUCUAGGAACAGAAUGGGUUAAUAAUCCCAUUGUCCGUGGAGACGUCCGCGUAUCCACUCUGCUUUCCAAGAUGAAUGGUGAUAGGUAUGCCGAACGUCGAGAUCGCUUGAUUCAAAUCAUGGACAUUAAUCCCGACUGGCACAUGCACCAGGUAUCUGAUGGGGAAAGACGAAGAGUGCAAUUGGUUUUGGGUUUGAUCAAGCCAUGGGAGCUGCUAUUAAUGGACGAGGUUACAGUUGAUCUGGAUGUGUUGGUUAGGGCAGAUCUAUUGAGGUUCUUAAAAAGAGAGACAGAGAUACGAGGUGCUACUAUCGUCUAUGCAACCCAUAUAUUCGAUGGACUUGGUAGUUGGCCAACUUGUGUAUCGCAUAUGAAACGUGGACGAAUAAUUGCCAGUUACGAAUUUUCCAAUUUCCCUGAACUGGAUGCUGUUAUAGCCGAACAAGUGCAACUCCGAUCUACUCUCUCCUCAACUGCACUGCGUCAGCACAUGGACUCGCCAUUGUUGAUAAUUGUUGAGCGCUGGUUAAGAGAGGAUCUUCAGGAACUCCGAGCACUAAGAGACGCGAAUAAUAACAAGGAUGAGAAGGAUAGACCGAGAACCAGAUGGGAUGAGUUGGAAGACGAUGUGAACAAUUAUGGGGAUAAGUACUAUAAUUAUUGGAAAUAG